ACAAAAUUUCCAUGAAAAAGCAGAGAUUUUUGAAGACUGAUCGUCACCGUAAGAAUGAACAAUAGAAAAUUCUUUUCCCCCAAUUGCAAACAGAUCAGAAUUUACAAUCCUUACCCCUAAGCAAAAACUAGUGUGGAAAAUAUCAACUCAGUUACACUGUUCUUGAUUGUUAAUUGCGGAUGAAUUCUGGUAGUAGAAUUAUAAUUCACGAAGCAUAAACGAUCAAUGGCAUAAGAGUUGAAAAUGCUGAUUGAUUGAGUAAAUAAGAUAGAAGGAAGAGAUGAGUAGAGAGAUCUCGGGAAUGCUUCAACCGCGGUACAUCGCGAUGUUCGCGAUGGCUCUUGUUCUGAUCGUUUUUGCGUUUUCCUUCUCUCAAUGGGAGAAAGUGAAGGUGGAAGAGGUUUAUGAAAUCACCCACAGAGUAUUUUUGGAUGUUGACAUAGAUAAACAACGUAUAGGCAGAAUCAUCAUUGGUUUAUAUGGCCAGGUUGUACCAAGGACUGUCGAGAAUUUCAGGGCUUUGUGCACAGGGGAGAUGGGUAAGUCUGCUAAUGGAAAAGUUCUCCACUACAAGGGAACGCCAUUUCAUCGUAUUAUUCCUGGAUUUAUGAUCCAAGGAGGGGAUAUAGUCUCUGGAGAUGGUAGAGGAAACCAGUCAACAUAUGGUGGCACCUUCCGUGAUGAGAAUUUCAAGUUGAAGCAUUCACAUGCAGGUGUUGUUUCCAUGGUGAAUUUGGGACCUGAUUCCAACGGUUCACAAUUUUUUAUAACAACAAUCAAGGCUAGCUGGUUGGAUGGCCAGCAUGUUGUUUUUGGCAAAGUUAUCGAAGGCAUGGAUACCGUGUAUGCCAUUGAGGGAGGAGCGGGAACCUACAGUGGGAAGCCAAGGAAAAAGGUGAUCAUUGCUGAUUCUGGGGAGAUACCGAAGAGCAAGUGGGAAGAUGAGAGCCAAACUUCAGGAUCAUACAACAGCAGCAGUACGUUUUGAAGAAUUAACCUGUUGAGAUGGCAAAAAUUGUUGACUAGCAUCAUUUCCACUAAAUUAUAUUCAGUAUAGUAUAAUUGUUUAGCAUGUUGACAUCUUGUUUAUGAUAAUCUGUUCUUCGUAUUAGCAGCAAUGGUUCAAACUUAGCUAUUAUGAAGUGAACUUCGAGUAAAUGCUAAGCAUCUGUAAAUUUUAUUCUAGUCUUGUAUGUCGCACUAAAUUCUUCAAACUCAUGUACUACAGAAGAUUUGAAUCUCUAGAAACAGAGCUAUAAAUUUAUGACUCAACUACUUCAUAGUUCA